AUGCGUCCCCAAUUCCUGUUAAGCCUGACCGUCCUGGCCGGCACAACAAUGGCCCAAAUAACAACCCAACUAUACAACUUCACCAGCCCAAUCGCCAUCGAAAACAGCGCCCUCCGGCCUAACGGCCACCUCCUCCUGACGACAUUCAACAACGGAAGCCUCUACACACUCAACCCAUCAACCCCAAACCCAGAAGCCAAGCUAGUCACCGCCCUCCCAGGCGCCACUGCAAUCUGCGGUAUCACAGCUAUAGACACCGACAAAUUCGUCAUUGUAGGCGGCGUCCGCGGUUCAUAUCACUACGAUAAUGAGACACUGUACACAAUCGAUUUCAGCGACGAUGCUGCAAGGCCAGUUGUGGAUAUCGUGGCGUAUAUCCCUGACGCCGAAAUGUUAAAUGGCAUGGCUUCCCUUCCUACCCGGCCCUAUAUUGUCCUUGUCGCCGACUCAAGACUUGGUUCCUUGUUCCGAGUUGAUACAAUCACCGGACUGUCGGAAGUUGUAUUCGCGAAUUCCGCACUAGCCGCCCCGAGCAAUGCUUCAAUGCCCAUUGGAAUAAAUGGGUUAAAGAUCGUUGGUGAAUAUGUGUACUUUACAAAUAGUGCGUUGAACAUCUUCGCCAAAAUCCCUGUUAGCGAUGAUGGCAUGAGAUUUGGUCGUGUGCAGAUUAUUGCGCGGUUGGAUGCUAUAACUAGUGGUUCUGACUGGGAUGACUUUUUUAUUGAUGCUGAUGGGAAUGCGUAUAUCGCGCAACCGACAAAUGCUCUUGCUAGGGUUACGCCUGCUGGGACGGUUAGUGUUUUUGCUGGUGGUGGGGAUAGUUUGGAUCUUGUUGGGCCUACUUCUGUGCAGAUUGCUGCUGGUGGGAGGGUUGCUUACGUUACUACGAGGGGUGGGACGGUUUGGGGCUUUACUUAUGGUGGGCAGGUUGUUGCUGUUAAGUUGGAUUGA